AUGGCGGAGAACUGUCAUUUGUUCAGAAGAUUGAUAUCUGGAAAACAGGUAUGUCUGCAGAGAAAAUGGGAAACACAAACUUCCACCGUCUGUGCAGAUACCCCAUCAUCAUCUUACGAUUUAGAACGGAAAUGGAGUAGUCCACUCCAAAUUUCAAAAAAAAAGGAAAAUGUUUGGACAUCAUUUGCAGUAAAAAAAAUUAUUGAAAUUCGAAAAGAAAUGGACACAUUAUUUGAGAAGCCGAAUUGUAAAAAAGUCAAACUAUGGGGAGAUGCAAGUGUUAAGUUGAAAAAAGAAGGUGUCAAUGUAGGAGCAGUUGAAUGCGAUCGGAAGUGGCGAAAUUUAAUUUUAACGUAUAGGAGGAGGAAAGACCAGAUGAGAAAAUCUGGAAGUGGUCGACUUCCUUUUUGGGAGUUCCAUGAAGAUUUCGACCACUUCUUUGGUUUAAAAGCCAAUGUUAGUCCUCCUCCGGAAACACUGCUAGCUUCAACUUUUGAAAAAAGAGCAGUACCAGCACCGCCACUUUCAUCACCACCACCUUCACCAUCACCUCCAUUGUCAUCACCACCACCUCCUCCUCCUCCAUCGUCGUCCUCAUCACCACCACGAAAGAAAAAAAAAUCAUCAUCUGAGCCUCCAGAGUGGUUUUUAAAUUUUAUGAAAAAACAGGAAGAAUUAGAGGAAAAAAGGAAUCUUGAGAUAACUGAAAAUUCAAACAAAUUAUCAUAG